GACUACAAGAAGACCCUCAAGGUCACCUGGUUGGCUGAUCCUGGAAAACAAAAUCCUUCACUUACCCCAGUCACUUGUCUAAUUUAUGAUCACCUGUUGACUAAGGCGAUCAUUACCAAAGACGACGAUUUCAAGUUGUUCAUCAAUCGGGAAUCCAAGACCGAACAAUGUCUCUUGGGGGAUCCCGCUUUGAAGGAUUUGAAGAAGGGUGACAUUAUCCAACUUCAGCGACGUGGCUACUAUAUUUGUGACGCUCCAUACGAAUCAAAA